GGUGAAAUACACUUGAGGAAGUUGGUGAUGCGUGACUGUCAUCGUAGAGCUGUUCGACAUGUUCCCUGAGAGGACAUGGACUGAAUUAGCGUGCGAACUGUAGCUGGUAGGUUGCUAGCUAGCUAAUGUUUGCUUCAGGCGCUUUCAUUAGCCAAACAUUAGAACGCCAUGACACUGAAAUAUGGACGAACACGGAAGCUUUACAAUUGCACACCAUAGACCCAUUUUUAUAAAUAACGAGCGCUUUUUUCAGACUCUAGCGUAAGCUAGUUCGUCUGUUGGUAAAUCAUAAUGUGGCGUAAACCGAAGAAAAUAACGUUUGUGUAGGUUAGGUGGCUAGCCAGUACCACUUGUUAGCUGACGUUAGGCGUAUCUGUGACUUGUUUACUUAUCGAACUCUACUUUUGCAAACGUCAGAAAGUGGCUAUUGUGAAAACCGACGCACAGUGUUUCAAAACGGAUACACAGAACUUCAUCAUGGUGAAAAUUUUUAUUGGCAACCUUGCCUGCAGUGCCACAGCUGAGGAGCUGCGUGAACUAUUUGAGAAGUAUGGCAAAGUCUCAGAAUGUGACAUUGUCAAAAAUUAUGGUUUUGUACACAUGAACAACAUGUCUGAAGCAGAGGAGGCAAUUCAAAACCUCCACCAACACCAGUUGCAUGGCUGGCGCAUGAAUGUGGAGAUGAGCAAAGGGAGGCCCAAAUCCACCACCAAGCUGCAUGUCAGCAAUCUUGGUGAAGGCGUCACCAGUGAUGUUCUGCGGGCCAGGUUUGAAGAAUUUGGCCCAGUGGUGGAGUGUGACAUAGUGAAGGACUACGCCUUUGUUCACAUGGAGCGAAUGGAGGAUGCCAUGGAUGCCAUCAGUAAGAUGGACAACACAGCCUUUAAAGGCAAGCUGAUGAGCGUACAGCUGUCCACCAGUCGGCUUCGCACUGCCCCAGGAAUGGGAGAUCAUACCGGCUGCUACGUCUGCGGGAAACAUGGUCACUGGUCAAAAGACUGCCCGGUCAGUCGGAACGGUAGCAACGGUGAUGCCACAAGAGGUCGCAGUGGCCGGCCCCCCCCACACGGUUAUGGCAGGGGCAGUUACGGGAUGGCCUCACCUCCAGCAGCUGAUUAUAUGGGGGGCCCUGCGUAUAAUCGGGCUAGUUACAUAGGUGGGUUGCCGCCUCCCCCUCGUAGGCUCAGCGGCUACAGCUCUGAGCUGGGGGAUAGGUACACCGGCAGGGCAGCAGGCUUCUAUGCUGAGAGGUCAUCAGUUUAUGAUCGUGACCGUCUCUAUAGUAGUGUUGACUAUUAUGAGAAAUACAGAGCUCAUUCUUAUGGUUCAAGCUAUUUCGAGGAUCGUCGCAUGUCCUAUCUUCCCCCUCCCCCACCUCCCCCUUCCUCCCUCUCAAAGCUCUCCUCCAGCAUAGAUCCAUAUGACCGCCGGCCACUGCCACCACCUUCAGCAGCCGCCGCAGCUGCCGCAGCUGCCGCAUACUAUGCACAAGACCGCAGCCCGAUCAGACGAGUACCCGUCUCCUCGGCAGGCUACACAUAUGAACGAACACGGUUGUCGCCGGUGUCGGCCUCCAGGAGCUCCUAUGCUGCUCCACGGCCCAAGGAUCAUUAUGCGUCACGCUAUGCGCCUUACUAAAGCCAUGGUGCCAAGGUCUGUUUGUGAACUGCAGGACUUUCCUUUUGCUGAAAUUUCUUCAGGCUACAUGAUUCCAUCAGUCUGCGUGAAUUGCUGGAAAGCAAAGCAUGUAAAAUGUCAAAAUUACGAUUGGAAAUUGCUUUUGUAUCUUCCAGGCACCUAAGGGUCAUUUGCCUGCAGAUGAAUAGUCCUUUCAGUCACAUUCAUAUAUCCUGUUUUCAAUAAGGAUAAUUAGCAAACUGUAGUUUGCCACUUACGAAAACAGUAAUUUGCUCACUUGCUCUGCAGAUUUUCAGUUCAGUUUUUAGCCAUGUCUUUUUUCAUACAUGUGUUUGUUCCUCACAUGAAGCAAAUUGUUAAAUUCAGGAAAUGUUAUUUAGACUAAGUGUUCUUGUUUUAUCAAUAUAUGAACAUUUAUCUUCUUUUUUUUUUUUUUUUUGAAUGGGAUGAAGAUUAACCCAUGCUGUAUCAGUUGCUUGUCAUGCAGAAGGUGCUUGCUCCGAGACACACAGCUGACAUGACCUGAGUCAGUUAUAUGGACAUAGAUGAAGAAUGAAUGAUCAAAAAUGAGCUACAUCACUUCUGUCCAGCAGUGCUGUAGAGGUCCAUGAUUUUUCAGGUAUACUUUAUUGCAACUAAAACAAGUAGUUUUCAAGUUGUUUCCUUUACCCUUGAAAGGUUGAAACUCACAUUAAGCUGUCCUGUGCUGGGCGGAAAACUGACACUCUUUGCACUCUGUAGCACAAACAGACAAAAGAAAAAGCAGAAAUUAAUCCAUAUCCAUUCAUCUGACAUUACUGUUGGAUAGGAUACAGAAUCACACUGAAUUUGAAUCUAAGGCAAGACUUAAAAUAUCCAAAAAAUUCCAGCCGCUCAUUUUUUUUUCCAAUUCAAAUGUGGGUCUACAAAAUAUAAAAUGAAUAUAUUUUAUAACAUUUAAUGAGGUGUCUACCGAUAAGUCAAAAUUUUCCAAAUAAAGGCGUCAUUGACUGACGUCAAAACGAGAAUGUGGGCUGAUAUGCACUUUGAAAUUAAGUAACAUCUUGACUAUGUUCUUUUCCUACUGGCAAUGUUGCAGACUUUGCCCCCAGCUGACCACAGGAAACAACCUGUCGUGUCUUGAAUUUUAGUCUGGGAUGGAUGUUCAUUGUCUGCUUGUAAGACAGCAUAAGCAGAUUCAGAAAGGCUCGGCCGGACUCGGGGCUUGGGCUGUAUAAGUCAUGAGGCACUUGUGUUUUGUUGAAGGUGCCUUUGUUUGUUUUGCAUAUAGGUGGAUUUGAAAUUGUAUUUUUCUUACUAGCUGUAAAAGUACCAGCAUAUGUAAAGAAGAUCUAAUAUGAAUAUGAUUUUUAAUAAAGCCAAACUUAUUUUGGUGA